AUGGCAGAGGAAAUAAUCGCGCCUUCGCUCUCGGCGGCGCCAAAUGGCGCACCCUCUCCUGAAGAGAGCAAAGACCUACCUCAACCUCAAGGCUCCACAGCACCAGCACAACCUCCGCCUACUCUUGUUGACAAUGCAAUGGAUACCAAUACUUCACCCACCAUAGUGACUACCGUCCCUGCACCUGUAGUGUCCACAACCGGUCCUGUACCUCUCGACUCCCCUCUCCGUACUGUCCCCAUCCACCCUUCGCUCCCAUCUGUCAAAGUCCCCACUACAUCCAAGACCACUGAACCCAACACGAAUCCUGUCACCUUACAACCCUUCACCGAGGCCGAACUAGCGAAGUACGGCUUUGAGAAGUUACGCGCACAGAUCGUUGGAGCGGCGGGGAAAGAUUCCAGCAGAAAUCGUGAGAGAUUAUUGGGCGAGAAAGAAAAACAUGAAAUCGAGCGGAUGCGUGAAGAGACAGCGAUGGUUUUGAAAGCGAAAAUGGAGGAACGAGAGACGAGAAUUCGAGAAGUUGAGCGGGAAAAGGAGGAAAAGGAGAAGAUCCGCGAAGUGGAGAGGAAAGUGUUUAGGAAGAAGUUGGGCGCGAAGGAUGUAUGA